GCACUCCAGUUCUGCCGGAGCUUCCGUUCGGAACGGUGCGAUCUGGACGCGUUCUCGUGUUCCGCUCGCUCCUCCGCUACAGAGUGGUGUAGAUGCCUACCAGUGGCGCGACGGAAUCCUCUUUGUUUUGGUUGCGCUUCGCUUCUCACAUCCAGUCGCAUCUCCGGUUCUUGUGCUGUGCCUGUACUCUGUUCCCGCCUGCAUACGCCGGCCUUUACGCUUGUCACUCUUCGAGCCCCACCGUGUUUGCGUGUCUAGGGAAGUCUGUACACGUGCGCGGUGUAUACCCAUUGCAACUGGAACGGGGAAGCAACCCUGCGUAUAGUCAGAAGAAUUAAGAGGCAUAUAUAUACAGGGAGCAGUGACCGAUCUUUGUUUUGUGUCGGGCCUGAGGUCCGGUGGUCUUCGCACCUGGACAGGACACGAACCACUGUGAUUGUCGAUUGUCGUGUCUGGUUUCGCGAUGCCGCACAAGGAUGAAGAGGAACCGCAAGCUGGCAGCAGUGCCGGCAGCGAGUCGCCGCCGGUGUGCGGCCAUCCCGAGCCCCGGUUCGACCUGCCAGAGAUCCUGGAGCCCGGAGGCGGGGGAUCCGGGGCGGGCGACGAGUGCUACCAGGCGGCGGCCGAAACCAUCAUCUCGCACUGCCGGGAGAAGGCCAAGGUGAUGGGCAACGAGAUAUCGGCACCCUACGAGGUGCCACACUUUCCCAUCGAACUGGCCGAGUCCCGGAAGGUCAUGCAGCAGCAGCUGUCCACCAGAGCGCAAAAGGAGCUCGAGGAGCGCAAAAGUUACUUCGAUGGCGACGUCAAGGAGAUGGAAGACAACUUGGCACAGCUCAACGACCUGGACUUUGUGCCCCACUUUCAGCGUGUGGCAAUCAGCGGCGAGGACACGUCCGGGGUUCCCCUGGAAGACUUGCACCAGGCUUCUAAACUUCUCGUCUCCGCACUCAGGUUGAGAGAGAAGUACAUGGAAAUUUCUCACCAGUCUUUCCCCAAGGCGACGAAAAGAUUUCUUAACCAACUAAAAGGAAAGCCCCUCGAGGACCUCGAUUCCCCGGAAGAAAUGUUCAGCUCGGCGGGUCUAAAGGUGCCAACCACCAAACGGGUUAAAACUAAAGACCACCCUUUCUACUGCGUGCCCACCGUGACGGAGCCUUGGAACUGCGAAGUGCUGCCCAACAUGAACUGCGAGUUGCGCAUGCACAACGGCGUGGUGCACGUCUACAAGAACAAGGAGGACGUGGCGGCGGAGAAGCCCAUGGACUUCCCAUACGUCAACCUGCCGCAGUUCAUCAACGACCUCAACCUCAUGUGCGCCAUGAUCGCCGACGGCCCACUUAAAUCAUUUUGCUACCGACGGCUCAGCUACUUGACCUCGAAAUUCCAGCUGCACGUGCUGCUCAACGAGCUGCGCGAGCUGGCUGCCCAGAAGGCUGUACCUCAUCGUGACUUCUACAACAUCAGGAAGGUGGACACUCACGUUCACGCCGCGUCGUGCAUGAAUCAAAAGCAUCUGCUUCGGUUCAUCAAGAAAAUGAUGAAGAUGCAUUCCGAGGAUCACGUUUUCAAACAGGGCGACAAGCUGAUGACGCUCGAAGAGGUGUGGCGUAUGGAGUGGGUGUAUGCAAAACAGUAUGGCUGUUUCAGCCGUGGCUUUGAUCAGGAAUUUGAUGGAAAGGUUUUCAGUGCUAUGAACAUUACAGCCUACGACUUGAGUGUCGACAUGCUCGACGUUCAUGCGGACCGAAACACGUUUCAUCGCUUCGACAAGUUCAACACCAAGUACAACCCUGUUGGUGAAAGCAGGCUGCGAGAAAUAUUCCUCAAGACGGACAACUACAUCGGGGGACAGUACUUUGCAGAAAUUCUGAAGGAAGUGAUGAGCGACCUGGAAGAGAGCAAAUACCAGAACGCAGAGCUGCGGCUAUCCAUCUAUGGCCGAUCACGCAACGAGUGGGAUAAACUGGCCAAGUGGGCCGUCCGGAACACCAUGUACUCGGACAAUGUCCGCUGGCUUGUCCAAGUGCCUCGACUCUAUGAUGUGUUCAAGUCCAACAACCUUGUGAAUAACUUUGAAGAAAUUCUGGAGAACAUCUUCCUGCCCCUCUUUGAGGCCACCAACGAUCCCAGCUCUCACCCUGAGCUGCACCAGUUUCUUCAAUACAUUGUGGGCUUUGAUUCUGUGGACGACGAAUCUAAGCCUGAGUACCCCAUGAUUGACAAGGACGUGCCGCUGCCAAAGCAGUACACCGACACGGAAAACCCGGCGUACAACUACUACCUGUACUAUAUGUACGCCAACAUGUGUGUCCUCAACCACUUCAGAAAGUUGCGCGGCUUGAAUCUCUUUGUACUGCGGCCACACUGCGGAGAGGCGGGUCCCGUGCAGCAUCUUGUGGGGGGCUACCUGCUCUCAGAGAACAUCAACCACGGGCUUCUUCUAAGGAAGGUGCCAGUUCUGCAGUACCUGUACUACCUGGCACAGAUUGGCAUUGCCAUGUCACCACUGAGCAACAACUCGCUCUUCCUCAACUACCACCGCAACCCGCUACCAGAGUACCUCAGCAGAGGCCUGUGCGUCUCUCUGUCGACUGACGAUCCUCUGCAGUUUCACUUCACCAAGGAACCCCUCAUGGAGGAGUACAGCAUCGCUGCCCAGGUGUGGAAACUGAGCAGCUGUGACAUGUGUGAGCUGGCACGUAACAGUAUCGUUAUGAGUGGCUUCCCUCACAAGGUGAAACAGUACUGGCUAGGCCCAAACUACCAGCGGGAGGGCCCCACAGGAAAUGACAUCACACGCACCAACGUUCCAGACAUUCGUGUUGCAUACCGUUAUGAGACACUGGUCGAUGAGCUUUCUACCAUCUUCCGGACAAUGCAGCCUACGCCCUAAAAGAACGGCACAUAAUUUGUUUGUUGGUUCAUGUUGUAUACUUAGAGUUUUUAAAAAAGUCACUUUGAAUAGAGUCCAUUGAUGUGCCAAUGACUGCGGCUACUAGGUUUGUAUUGAAAGUGCAGUGAUUUGUCUCUCGGUAGGUGACCAUAUCGAGAUUUCGCCUUGCAAAUCUACUAGCGCUAUUAAGCAUGAAUGUUAAAGGAAGCAAAGGGUGUUAGGAUAGCCUUCAAGAAGUGCUUAUGUGUUCUUUUAUUGUAUCCUUAACUGCUUAAGUUAUUGCCACCAUUAAAGGACUUUCUUUACGAAA